AUGGCGCAUGUGAAUCUUCCCGAGGAAUUGGUGGAAGAGAUACUCCAUCGUUGUCCAUCUCUAUCUCUAUCCCGAUUCAGAACCGUUUCCAAAGAAUGGAAUACACUUUUCAACGAUACGACGUUCAUCCACAAGCACUUGGCUCUGAUCCGUACUCAGUUCCUUUUAUGGACCAAUUCCAAGGUUUAUUCGGUAGGUCUCAAUCUCAACGAUAAUGAUCCAAAAGUAGAGCUGCGUGAGUUGGCCUUAAAUAUUCCAGAUUUAAGUUAUCAUAGGACAACAAACUUUCUUCCUUGCAAUGACUUAUUGUUUUGUGCCUCAUGGUGGUGGAACAACAAAGCGGUUGUUUGGAACCCGUCGUUGAGACAAACUAGAUGUAUCAAGUCGGAGGAAGAACAUUUCAGGUUUGGUGGCAUAGGGUACGAUAGUGGUAAUCCCGGAAAGGGUUAUCAUAUAUUUGGAUAUAGUUAUCGUCGACGAAGUUUUAAUGGAACUAACUCUAUGUUUUAUAAAAGAUUUUCUAUGUACAACUUUGGAAGCAAUGCGUGGAAGUGUAUUAAUGAUGUUUCAGAAGAAGAGACUUUCAUAGAAGGAUCAGAUUCAUUAGAUAACAAUGUGUCUUUGAAUGGAAAUUUGUAUUGGGCUGCUUCUGACUUCACGGUUGAUAAAUAUGUUAUCCAAAGUUUCGAUUUUUCUAAAGAGAUAUUAAAAAUCUUUUGCGUUCUGCCGUGGAAGAAGAAAUAUUCUGAUAUUCCAGUCCUCUCAGUUUUUAGGGGAGAUCGACUUUCAGUAUUAAAUAAAUUUAAAGGAACAAAUGACAUCGAGAUUUGGGUGACAAAGAACAAGAUUAACGAAGAUGUGGAGAAUGUGGUGUGGAUGAUGUUCAUGACAAUUUCAAUACCCAUUUAUAAGGGCUCUAGUCCAAGUUACUUCAUCAAUGACAUCUACGAAAAGAGACUCGUCAUGUGUUGUAGUGACGAAAGUGGAAAGGGUUGCAUUUAUAUUGUCAGUGGCCAUGCGAGGAAGAAGAUUCAAAUAGAUUUUGAUGUUAGUGAGUUUAGUCAUUGUUUCUAUGAUCCUAGUUUAAUUCCUAUUCCCUGCGAGGGUUCAGAUCAAGAGACAGACAAUAAUUAG